AUGUCCUCGCACCUCCACGUCGGCAUCUUCGUCAAUACGACUCUUAACACGAUCGAAGAACUCAAAGCCCGGCGCAAGAGGAAACGCAACGAAGACGACGAAGACGAAGACGACGAAGACGAAGACGACGAAAUUGACGAAGAGCUUGCUGCCCAAAGAAGAGCAGCACGUGAAGAUGCCGCGCGCGAGGCACGACGACUCAAGAUCAAAAGCGAGUCAAAAUUGGACGGAGCUUGA